AUGGCAAGCCAGCCACCUCCUCUCAAGGGGAUGAGGGAAAGUUUCAAGGAAAACCCUUUCAAAGACUCCAUGUCUUCACAAGUAAGUACCGAGAUGCUUCGACAAUAUAACCCUCCAGUAAUUUCUCAUCCUACCUUGAGUCGCCAAUGCAAUACGAUGAGCCUCGACAACAACAAUCUUCAUGGCAGAUACUCUCAAAACAUUUCUUCGAUGCCAUCACGAUUUUCUACCCACAUUUCCAAGAAGCAAUGCGAUGCUGCCAUUCAAUCCUGCAGUGCUGAUUCCCCUACUUCCAACAUGAUGGAACUCAGCCAACAAUGUCUUGAAGAUAUUGAGCGUCCUCAUACCAUUUCUCAAUCUUCCAAGAACACCGUCAGAAAGAUGAUCGACCUCCCACAACCUCUCAUCGAUUUCAACAAAGUUCGCACACCCACUUCAUUCUCAGGCUCCCAGGAUGAGAUGAUUCGAGAGUCAUACAAGGCCUCGUUGAUAUUCGCUCCAAGAGAAAUACCACAAGGCUCUAACAACUUCGAGAAAGCUUACAUUUCCCAUCUUCCAAGCAAUAUGCACCUUGAUAGUAAGGCUCACAUGAAUCAAAAAGCUUCCAAUGAAACAUCCUACUCUAUCAACUUUGAUCAUCAGCAAAACAUUCUUCGGGACAAUCAGAAAUACUAUCCCGUCAAUUCAAAUGGUGGUUAUUACGGUUCCGUUGAAUUGAACCAGGAACUUCUCAAUGUCAAUGCUGCAGGUAAAGUCACACAACAGCCGAUGAAGCAUUGCUGCUCUGAUUUUGCAUCCAAAAGUUUGAAAGACUUUCAUAAAAAACAAGCUGCCUUCACUGGUGAGGAUUUCAGCUCCGAUUUGCUUUCUGUUGAGCAUAUGCAGAUCAACGCACAAUCCACAGUCGCGGUCAACCCUGAUGUUGGAAAACAAUCGGUCGCUGGAAAAGUUUCGGUCGAAAAGCUCACUCCGUUAGAAAUGGCCAUUAGAAAUCCCUUGCCUUGUUGGAAUCAUCCAGUUUCUGCGAAUGGAAAACUAUAUCAACGCAUCAAGUCACCUACUAUAUUUAAGUACUUCAACUAUUUCGGAUUCUCGGAUGAAAACUUGCUUGUCCAAAUGACCAAGAGUCUUGAACAAAUAUCUACUCCAAUCCCAUUCCCUAAAUUGGCUGGGGCUCCAAAGUGGUUGCAUGAUCAUUGUGUUCUCAAUGGGCAGGUCUGCCAGCCAUUAACCCAUGCACCAGUUACAAAUCUCCUUCCACUGGUAUCAUGGAAUUUACCGCACAAGGCUCGGCUGCCCGUGGUUCCAAUCAAUAGUUACAAGUUUCCUGGAAGUGAUCGUCAGUCAACCGCGUCCAUUCCACAGGAAAUGGAAAUGAGAUCGGCAUCCUUUGUCAAAGAGCAAAUUUCUUCAAGCUCCUCAGCCCUUGGAUCUGAAUCACACCAAUAUCCUCGCGCCUCUUUAAUAGCAUCGGCACCCUUAAGCCCCGAAGGUCAAGGUAUGAUGAAUGAAGCUUGGCAAAAGGCACAGAUAUUAAAGUUCUCGCUUAAAGGAAGAGACAAGUCAGAAGGGAACGAUUUCGAUGAUUCCGGAGUCCAUACUAUGAACACCCCUAUCAUCGCUGAUCAUUCUACCCAUGCAAGUGUGGCACGAAGAGAAAUGACUGGCAUUUUUGACCGUUCUACGGAAUGUACAAAGGAACGUGAUAGGGCAGGAAUCUUACCUACACAAGAUAGCAUGGUCAAUGCUGCUUGUGAUGAUUUUUCGGUUGUAGUCAUCUUCCAAGAGAAGCUCAAAGCUCUUAAGAGUAUCGACCAGAAGUAUCAAGAGCAAAGAGCUCCACUUAUCCAGAACAAAAAUAUCGAUCUCAACGGUGGCGAUGCGAUGUCUCUAGAAGCUUCAAGGCUUUCCGAGAGAAAGUGGUAUUUGGAACGCAAAGCUUAUCUUGAGACCCUCCGCGAGACACGACAUAACUUUCAGCAGAAGAAGCCCAAGGAAAUCCUCAAAGAUAGGGAACUCGAUUCAAGACGCAACGAUGCGACAUGCUUGGAUCGCAGAGAGUUCACGGACUACGGUUACUUGAAUUACUCAGAAUUGAAUGAAAUUAGAGAAGCAAAACAUGAAUUUCAAGCUUCGAUCGACUAUGUCUAUUACACUCAUCAUGGCGCAAAAAUGGCUAAAGAUGCUGCUUGUAUGAAAUUGGAAAGAGCAGUUGCUGAUAGAAAAGCUCUUUGGAUGGAAAACAUUCACAGACUUGAUGAUCCGAGAUUCGAAAAAGAGAGUUCCGACGCAGAUAAGAAACUUCUUGAGUGCCAGAUUGAAAGCAACAAGAGAGUUGGUAUCUUUGAUGCAAUCGAACACGCUUGUCAACAGAAAUACGAAGAUAUAGAAGCUUUCCAGAAGGUAAUCGGAUUUCUAAUUCGUGCUAGCGGCGAUAAUUUUACUCGAAAGACUGAACCGGCAAAGAACGAUUCGGUUUGUACUACGUUUACAGGAGACCACCACUCGGCUCGUGUUAUUAUUGCACGUCUAGAAGCCCACUAUACAGGAAUGGGUGCCAAAUCCAAGCUUCAGCCACUUCGUACGAUAGAUGACGCCUGGACUGAUGGUCACUAUGGUUUUCUCGAAAAACCAAUGUAUGAUAAGAAACAGCGAAAUAACUCAACUUCGUCCAAUGACUAUAUCACUGCAGAAGAACAUGCUGAAGGCCUUAGAGACGAUUACGGUCAAUCAGCAUUCCAAGCUUUUACUGCCCGUCGAGGUAGAGUUCCUACACAUCAUGAUUCGAGAACGUUAAAGACCAACACUUCCUCAAGGUCACCAAAAGCCACAAGCCAGUACCCCAAUCCAGGUUCUCGAAACUAUUACUCGGUCAAGAGCACAGAUCACGCUGAAUAUACGACUAUGUUCAAAGGAUGGAAGCCUAGACCAAGCCAUCUCGAUAUUAUGAAUGCUAUGACUCUGGGUCGAGCGGCAAGAGAACGUCAGUUAGCUCAUAAACAACCAGGAAAGAUGAGUUUUACCACCUUUCAGUAUCUUAGAAAAUGGGGAUAUUUGAGUUCGGAUACUUCUUUGAAUACAGCUGAUUCUGCGGCUCUGACAAGCCCCGCGCUUAAUCUUUUAGAUGUCAAGGAACAAAGUCAAUGUGCUGUGGAGCUUGCAGAUAAGGAAGUAACUGUGUUCAACAAUGCCAACGACACACUUACUAAGACAAGCAAAGCUACGGACAUUCCUGCCACUGUCAUGAAUGAGCAGACUGUCUUGCCUAAUGAUCUGGUUACCGAUACCAUCGACGUCACCAAGAAGCUCGCUGAUAUCGAUGUUGCUACUACCGAUAAACUCGUUACCAUCGCUGAUAAAGCCGAUGUCGAAGCUGCCAAGAGUGAUGAUAUCACUACACUCCAGCAAGCAGUCAGUGACGAGAUUUUUCCAAUCGGAGAAUCCACCGCCAACGCCGAGAUGACCAUUAUCGAAGAUCCCGCUCUCAAUGACCUUCUCAUCUCUGACACUGAAAAAUCUGAGAUCCUCAGCAAAGAUAUGAUGCAAAAGUCGCUCGUUUUAGAUUUCCCCUCAGCUCCUCCUCCUACUCCAGUACGCAUCUCUAGCCCUAGGCAAGAAGUCGAUCUUGAAUAUGAUAGCGAUUUUCAAUCUGAUGCAUCUUGGGCCACGGCUGGUGAUGAUGAUCAUGAUGGCGUUGCAGAGGCUGGUGGACUCGAGGAACUUGAGAGUGUUGAGGAAAUCGAGGAAGUUGAGGAAUGGGAGAUGCUUUAA